AUGUCGGCCGACGAAUUGCCGAAUGGCAGGCCAAAGUUUUACGGAAAAGAAGACGAUAACAUAUCACAGUCCACAGGCACGAUACAAACAGCAUAUGAAACUGAUGACGAAGACGAACUUCUAUGCGGAUUUGGAGCGUAAGUUUUACACCUUGACCACACUAAACAUGGAGCCUUAUUUUACAAACAUAAAUAACUGUACAUAAAAUGUAAUUCAAAAAAGUUAUUUUCAGUUGCACACCAGGAUGGUUACAAAAGUUUCACAAUGCCAAAUGGCUGUUGUCGAUGUUGGGCAUAGCAUCCUUCAUUCAAGGACUUGUGGUCAACUCCAUCUUCCCUGUAGGGCUCUCCACGAUAGAAAAGGAAUUCGAAAUGACGAGGUAAUAAAAGUGACCACCUAAUUGUACUUCUUCCUACCCUUUUUUGACUUGAAUGUUAGUAUAAAUUUAGCUUACGUAACGACAUGUUUUCAGUACACACACAGGUAUUAUCUCGUCGUGGUACGACUUUGCCAUUCUGUUGGCCGUCUUUCCAUGUUGUCAUUGGGGCAGCAAUGGCCACAAAGGCAGAUGGAUUGGCUUCGGAGCAUUUAUAAUGGCCAUAGGAUCUUUAAUAUGUGCUUUACCUCACUACAUGAUCUCCCCGCACAUAGUCGGGUCGUUACAAAACAAAACUGACACAUGUUCUAUAGAGUAAGUCAAGUUGUUAAAGAUGACCUAAAAGAAACGGUACUUUAAAAGCUUGAAAGUAAAAUAAAAAAGUAAUGACGUAUAAUACCACUUACUGUACAAUAAAAUUUUGAUUCCAGAGAUAUUGACCAUCCGUUGUGUGACCGUGAACUGGACACCAGUUACUCGUCGUACUUCAAUCCGUACUUUCUCAUGUUUCUGCUAGGUCAAACGUUCCACGGUGUUGGGUCGACACCAUUGUUUUCUAUUGGCACAGCGUACAUUGAUGAGAACGUUUCACAAAAAGCAUCUCCUGUAUAUCUCGGUAAACUUUUAUAAUUUAUCAAAGUAAAAUACGUCAAAGUAUUUACUUCGUAAUUUAUUUCUUGGCGAACCCUAUAUCUAACAUAAUUUUAGCCAUACACGGUGUGGUAACCAGCGUUGGACCUGUAGUCGGUUUAUUUAUUGGCGGGUUCUUGUUGACAAUCUACACUGACUUUGACCGAGUUGACUUUUCCCAGUGAGUACCAUUUUUCAUUAAGCCUAAUGUUUUCCCGUUGAGUAAAUUUUACAAAACCUUCAUUUCAGAUUGCCAAUGAGAGAUUCUUCUGAUCCACGAUGGGUUGGUGCCUGGUGGCUCGGCUUCCUUGGCUGUUCUGUUGCAGCAUUCAUCAACGCUUUUCCUAUAAUGAUGUUCGCCAAAGAGUUACCUGCUGCUAAACGUCAUCGGAAGAAGGAUGUAAACCAAGUUCACGCAGUAUCACAACAAAAAGAUGACGGUGAAUUUAAACCAACUGAUUGGGCUGCUCUUACAAAAGCGAUUUAUGUAAGUAUAAUCAUGGUGUAUAUUAUCUUGGUUUAGAAUAUUUUGAGAAAUCCUACCUUUGUCACAUGUAUUGUCCUUGGAAUCUUCGAAUCCAUUAUCAUCAAUGGCUUCGCCGCCUUCAUGCCAAAAAUCCUGGAAGCUCUGUUGAGUACCACACCUACGAUCGCUUCUUAUUUAUCGUGUAAGUUGAAUAAACAACAAAAUUUUCCCAUGCCUUUAUCACAAAGCUGAACAGAAUCAUCAAUAUUAAAAUUUUAGCUGUUGUAAUCUUCGCCGCGGCCACUGGAGUCAUGUUGGGUGGCAUUUUAAUCAGGAAGUUGGAUCUCCAAGUUGGCGGAAUGUUGAAGUUGAUCCUGAUUUGUCACGUAAUAGCGUUAGUGCUUAUCUCAUCCUUUAUGAUCCAGUGCCCAGCCAGAGAGUUCGCUGGAAUUACCACUGGUUACGAAAAAAGGUACGUCGACUAGUUUGAUCAUUCCUUUUGAGCUGAAGAUCGCUGUUACUGUAAUUUUAUAUAUUGUUGUAGUUUCUUUAAUUACUUUUAUGGCUAAAGUGUCCAAUUGAUUGUUUUAUUGACUUUAGUCAUAUAAAUUGUUGUGAUAAUCGAUCAUUACAGCAAGCUGAAAGGCGGUGUUGCUAACUUGUCUUCCACCUGCAACGCCGACUGUCAUUGCCACGAAAUCGACUGGAAUCCGGUGUGCGAUGACAGUUCAGGAAUCACAUAUUACUCACCAUGCUUCGCAGGCUGUAAAACCAAACAUAACGCACUUACCGGAGAUACUUGGACUGAUUGUGAAUGCUUGGCAUCAAACCGUACAAAUCCAUUGACCAAUUUCAUCGACGACGAUCCGUUGAUGGUCCGACAAGGCUACUGCACCAGAGAAUGUGGAUGGCCAAUGUGGGCCUUCCUGGUGUUGUUGUUCUUCUCGGUAGUCGCCAGUUUUGCUACCGGCAUACCUUCUCAACAGAUCAUGUUGCGAGUUGUGCCUUUCCAUCAAAGGACGCUGGCUAUUGGAGUUCAUUGGACUUUCUUGAGGCUUCUCGGCUUCAUUCCUGGAGGUAUUCUCUUCGGGUUGAUGAUUGACACAACGUGCUUAAAAUGGAAAGAAUCAGCCUGCGGCCAUAAACAAUCUUGCUGGGUUCACGAUCCUGUUCAUCUCUCCUGGACCAUUCUGGCUGUCGGUAAGACACCCGUUUUAUAGAAGACCCUUUUAUUAAUAAAAAAUUUUACUUUUUUAAAAACUUACCUAUUUUUGUAAAAACCCUGUAAAACACAACCUCAUAUAACCAUAUUACCAUAGAUAAGGUAAUAUAAAAAAUAAAAAACCUUUUUCAGCAAUCGUAUGCAAACUCGUGUCAAUAUUAGCGGCCAUUGUCGGCUACAUGACCUACCGACCAACAGAUAUGGACAGCGCCAUGUCCAUCCAAACCAAUGACAGCCGGGGCGCGAUCUCAUUGAUGGUCAACGACGACCGAGUGGUACCACAACAAAAUGGACGCAAAAUCUCCAUGCAAUACAAUUAA